AUGGCGGAGGACGACGACGCCGAGGGCUUCGGAGACUUCAAGUUCGUCACCGCCGUCGAUCCCAAUCCCAAGAUCAAUGGACGAGUUUCGACCGUCUCAGAUGACGAUUGGGGCGACUUCGUAACCCACAAUACAAGUCAGAUCAAAACUCAGGCCGUGCUCUCCAAUGGACUCACAUACUCCCAAUCACCUCCCACCCAAAUACCCUACGACCCUUUCGGUUUUUUCAACAUUGCUAAUGGGUCGGCGCCUUCCCGACCCAAUUCCGAGCCAAGCCGGGUUGACACUGAGCCCGAGAAGGUUGACAAGACUCGUUGGAUGAAGCCUCAGGGAGCUCUGCCGUUAUCGUUAUUUGGGGAAGAGCAGGAAGAAGAGAAGUCUGGUGCGGGCGAGUCCAGGGUUGGGGACGUUGCGACCGGCUUGACAAAAAAUGAGGGAUUUGUAAAAAACGAGUUGAAUUUGAAUGUUAGUAGUGUUGGGAUUAACGAUUUGAUUGCGAAUUUGUAUGGUCAGAAUCCAAAAUUCGUGGUUCAAAAUGGAUCGAAUUCGAAUUUGGGGUCUGGUGGUCUUAAUUCGACCAUAAAGGGGUUGAAUUUUAGUCCCAAUACAUUGGAUUUGAAGUUUGAUUCACUGAUUCCAAAUGAAAAUGGGAAAUUUGGUAGUUUGAAUUCGGCUUCGAAUGGUUUGGAUUUGAAAUUUGAUGGUGUAGAUUCGCAUUCGAAUUUGGGGUCUGGAACUCCUCAUUCGACCAAAAACGGGGUGAAUUUUAGUGCCAAUGCGUUGGAUUUGAAAUUUGAUCCUCUGAAUGCCAACAAAAAUGGGCAAUUUGGUGUUUCGAAUGGUUUGGAUUUGAAAUUUGAUGGUGUAGAUUCGAAUUCGAAUACAAAUGGGUUGAAGUUCGAUUGGGAGGAAGGAAAUGGGGAUUUUGAUGGGGAGGAUGAUGAUGGUUGGGAAUUCAAAGCUGCGGAUUCAGAGCGCCAGGUUAGCAAUGAGAAUUUUAAGGAACAAGGGGUUGUGGAAGUAGCAGGAUCGAAAGUAGAAUCAAAUGCAUUCACACACCUAGGAAUCCAGGAAAAUACUGGGGGAACUGGACUUACUUGGGGGUUUGGAAUUGAUGCUCCUGAAUUUAAUAAUGUCUCUUUUCCAUCUCUUGGAAAUGAUCAAUGGGGUUUUUCAUUUGAUUUCAACCCAAGCCCUGUAACUCAAGAUAAUUUUUUCUUGGAUCUGCACUCAAAGAACAAGCCAAACAACGCUGAAACUGUACCCAAUUCUUCUCCAGUUGAUGGAAAUGUGUGGGAAUUCAAGGAUGCACUUUCAGAAAAUGGAUCAAAGCAUAAGUUGGGAGAGUCAAAGGCUGCCAUCCCUUCUGGUUUAGAUGUGCAUUCAUUAGAUGGUGUUAGUGCUCGUGCUCAUAAUGAGUUUUUUGCUGGAUCUGAUGGAAUUUCUCACAAGUCUGGUGAAAAUAACUUUGCAUUUCCUUUCAUCCCAAAUUCUUGCACUGAAGAUUGUAUAGUCUCAGAUUCAUAUUCCAGUGACAAGAAAGAUGACAUUGCAAAAGGCUCGAGUUGUUCCCCAGCCAAUGACCAUGUUGAGUCUGAUGACAAUUUUUGGGAAUUUAAGGAUGCAUUUUCAGAAUCUGGAUCAAGGCUUGAGGGGGAGUCAGUGAUUGCCCGUAAUCCUCCUACGAAUAUAAAACCGCCUGCAAUUAGUGACGAAAUCCAGCACAAUGAGGUAACAUUGGAGAGUCAUCGGCAAGCCUUGCCCCUGUCCAUAUUUGGAGACGAAGAACUGGAGACUGAUGAUUCCUCAAUCCAUGAAGAUAUUUCUACUCAUGCAGCUGUAUCCCACCAAAUAAAUACCGCCAAAAGCCCUGUGCCCAAUAUAUCCAUCACUGAUCUAAUAUCAAGCUUAUACAGUCAAGUGGACCAGAACACUAAUGCAAUUCAUGCACCAAAAGCAACUGAAAAUCCUCCGCAUCCUGCCUCAACAGUGUUGGAGUCUGUUUUGGGUGAUGAUGAUUUUGAUGAUGAUUCCUGGGAAUUUAAGGACGCUGUUUCAAGAGAUCAGGACCAAACUUCUAUUACUAAUCUUGAACAUUCACCUCAAAAUUCCUUGACCAAAGUCCAGCUGGAUAAUCUUGUGGAUUUCUAUUGCCAAUUGAAAGAUGAAUCAUACUUUCUUGCACUCCGCCAUCUUGACAAUAAGAAAGCUCAAAGUAGUGCUAUUCUUUCUGGCAAAGAUACAACAGUAGAGGCUUUGGAAGAGGAAAUCCAGAAAUUAUAUAAUGAACUGCAUCAAGACAUUAUGAUCUCCGAUCAAUUCCAGUCAGGGAAUCCUUCACAAAGAAAUGCAUGCCUUAAUGAAUUUCAUAAAGUUCUGAAGGAUCCAAAGUUCCAAGUUCUUGAGUCAGAAUAUCAGUUGUCACAAAGAUUGUCAUUGGCAGAGAAGGAUUUGAGAUCAUCAAUUGAACUUUCAAGACAUGCAGCAUCCACGUUAAGGAUUCUUAGAUUGGGAUCAAAUGAGGAGCAAUCUAAUUACAUUUCCACGUGGUCUCAAAUAGUAUCUAUUUGUGCUCAAGAACUGAAACAUGGUUCUUCAAUUUGGAUGCAAUCAAUAGAAAAUAAUGUUCAGAAUCAAAUAUUGUCUGAUCCUCAAGGCAAGCAGUAUAUCCUUGCACUCGGAGAAAUUUACAGAGUAGUUUUAGUUGUUGGAACCUCAGCCAAAUUGUACAAGCCAUGGACUCUAUUACAUUCUUCAGAUAGUUCUAGCUUGUUUGCUCUUCUGAACGAGUGUUCUACUCUAUGGUCAAGUUCAGGACUCAAUGAAGCUCUCAAGAGUAUUGCAGAUGCAAUUGAUUUUAAAUAUGAUGGAACCGUUAACGCACUGCUUGAGUCCAUGACAUAUGUUCAUCAUAUUGAUGCAUUUGCACUUCAAAACCAUGUUGUUAAUGGACAACAACCUACUUGUUCACUGUCACUGUUAACUGCAGGAGCUGUGCCAGGUAUAAAAAUGGUGGUGUGGAAUGGGGAACACUUCUUAUUGACGCUUGCAAACUUGUGGACAAAUUUGAUUAGUCCUGAUCCUCCGAAAUUGCCCCACUUGAGUUAUAGCUGA